UUGGUAUCGCUCAGCUCUUCCGUCUCAACACCAAGUGAAAGUGAAUGUAGUUCAGAAAGACGAUGCUUUGUAUAAAGAUUGAGCUACUUUAAUCAAAACCUAUAUAUGUAUAUUCGUUUUAAUAUGGGGUGAAAUUUGCCUGUCUCGUAAAAAUUGUUCCAUGGCUAUGAUAAAAAGGAAUAUGCAAGCAAAAGAUGAAAAUGAUCAAAAGUCUUACUAUUAUAUUAAUCUUGUCAAAGUUCAUCAUUCACUCUGAUGGUUUCCUGCUACACGGCUCUGCUGGUCCUCUAACAGCCCGGCUGGGAGGAGUUGUACUGCUGCCCUGCUUUGUGGACAGACCCCUGCCUUUGGAGGAGCUGCAGGUGGACUGGAGAAGGACUGAUUCAGACACCAUCGUGCACCUAUUCCAGGAUGGUCAGAGCAGACCUGAUUCACAGGGGGACGCCUACAGGGACAGAGCCCACUUCUUCUCUCAGGAAAUCCCCAAAGGCAACUUCUCUCUGCUGCUUGACGGUGUGAGGACUGCAGAUGCAGGAGUUUAUGAGUGUGUGGUUUAUACAGAGCAGGAGCAACGUGAAACACGGGUGGAAAUACAGGAAGUAGAGCGGCUGGUGGUGACGGGUGCAGAUGAGCCUGUCUCUGCACAUGCUGGAGAAGAUGUGACUCUCAGCUGCUCUGUGGACACCCAUGUUAAUGUGACAGAGCUUCAGGUGGAAUGGAGAAAGACAGAUGGUGACAUCAUGGUGCUUCUGUUCACUGAUGGAGAGAACAAACCAGAUUCUCAGCAUGACAGAUACUCUGGAAGAGCUGAAUUCCUCGCUGAGGAAAUUCCGAAAGGAAACUUCUCAAUGAAACUGAGCAAAGUCAGGUUGGAAGACAAAGGAGAGUUCAGGUGUGAAGUCCACUCAGAUACUGAUUCUAAUAGUACAACAGCCAGGAUAGCAGCAGUGGGUUACUCACCCCUGCAUUGGCUGAUUCUGAUGCUGUGCAUCACUGUCACACCUGUAGUCCUACUUACUGGUGCUUUAUCUGUCUGGCAUUAUAUAAAGGAAGGUGAAGGCAGACAGGCUCUAUUGAGUCACUGGUCACUUGUCACAGUUCCAUCAGUCAUGGUUUCCUCAGCAUUCAUCCUGUGGGGUGUAACUGAAGGAUCCACAGAAGAGGCUGUUUCUUGUAUUGUCCUCACUCUGCUGAAUAUCCUGAUGUUGUUUAAUAUGGAUCCGAAACGAUUAUAUCCAGGUCUGUCAUGGAGAAUUAGACUUCUGACUCAGACAAUAGGAAGCACCAUCACCAUCAUAGCUGUAUGCACAGUUCCUAUUGUUGAGUUUUCGACAAAAUAUUCCACAACCACGGCUGGGAAAGUAACACUGGGAGUCUUUGUAGGUGGAUUUGUACUUAUGAUGGUCUUUAUGGCUUCUAUGCAACUUUUAUUCUAUUGGUUUCGGUUUCGCUUAAGAAUACAUACACUGAAGAAAACACUAUGGGCCGUAUCUGCAUUUCUGAUAAUCAUGGUUUUAGUCGCAGUUGGUAUUGGUGUGUUUCUUGCCAUAUAUUUCUCUGGAAGAGCAGAAAUAGCGGAUAUUGGAGCACUUUUGACUGUCUUUAUAGUUCCGAUGAUUAUGUUCUUAAUCCCUGUGAUUGGGCUUGGGAUUUUCCUGUUUCGUUCCAUAAAGAGGGGAGCGGCAUUUCUUAGAUUCUUUAAUAUACUCCAAAGUCUAAACGUGAUGUUUAAUAUGCAGAUCAUUACUCUUUAUAUCCAGCUUAUUGCCUGGAUGCAAGGCAGAUUUUUACUGGGAUAUUUCAUCCCAAUUACAAUCGCAUCUUUGGGAAUAUGUGCGUGCUUUGUUGCCAAAAGAUUUCUGAAGUCAUUCAGACAUUUCUAUCUGGCUCAGAAAAUCCUUUUGGGGAUUUUAUUCUCACUGCACCUAAUAUUAAGUCUCCUGUAUCUAAGUCUGGUUUUAGACAAUGACAAAGUUCUGACCACAGAACGACCUGUAAAGAUCUGCGAGUUUGUGUUCAUCUACAUCCUGAUUGUCACAAACAAUAAUGACCGGCAUCGGGAUAGACACCUUGCCAAACCCCGUAAAUGUGUAUAUUUCUCAGGGGCUCUUGGUCUCCCUCUCCUGGAUUCUGCUGCCCUGGCUGUAGCAUUAAAGCUCAAAGCAGACACAGGGAAACAGCCAUUGGAUCUACGGCUGAUUGUCAUGAUUUCUGGGUCUUUCUUCCUGUUUGGCUGGUUUGUUAUACAGAUGUCUGCAUACUAUUUGUCCAGAAAAGGAAAGUGAGUAGACCUUUUAUGUUUAGUAACAUGCACUGGUUAUAACAAGAAUAAAAUAAAAAUAAAAUCAAUCCAUCCAUUCAUCCAUCCAUCGCGGUGAGCCUGGCACCUGUCACCGGAAGCACAGGGCACAAGGCAGGGGACACCCUGGGCAGGAUGCCAGUCCAUCACAGAGCCCAAGCCUGAGAGUGUGAGGUGCCAGUGUUACCCACAGAGUCACCACGCAAACUACACAGAGCCCAAGCCGGGGGGUGUGAGGUGCCAGUGUUACCCGCUGAGUCACCACGUAAACUACACAGAGCCCAAGCCGGGGGGUGUGAGGUGCCAGUGUUACCCACUGAGUCACCACGCAAACAACACAGAGCCCAAACCUGGAGGUUUGAGGUGCCAGCGUUACCCACAGAGUCACCACGUAAACUACACAGAACCAAAACCAGGAGGUUUGAGGUGCCAGUGUUACCCACUGUAGCAUGUGCUCUCUGAGACAAUCAUUAUCAUUCUGCUCCUGGCUGUUGGACUCUAAUAAGCAUAGACUGUGUGGGUCAUUUGUGAGAAAUUAAACACAAAUGAGUGACAAGAACUGGUCACAAAAAGACAUUCAUCUUUCCCGGCAUGGAAAUAUUUUGUAUCCCAUACAGACGAUGUUGAGCAGGAAGUGAUCUGUCAGCACUGUUUGUGUCUGUUGGCACAACUUACAGCAACACGACCAACUUAUCUGACAGACUCUGUUGGUAGAUCAGUUCUGUUUGGCUGUUGUUUUAAGAUGAUGUGAGGGGGGUAUAGGGCUCUCGAAGGAACAAACAGGCACGCUUAGGUUCGCUUCUAAAAACACUUUAUUACAAGUAAUACAAAAUAACCUUGCAUUAAAAUCUAUGCCAAGACAUUGGAUCAAAGGCAAUGCAAAAUAAUCCCGUUUCACAAGUGAUAUCCAAUAAUAUUAUAUAUCAUUAACAAUACUAAAACUGCCAAUACAAGAGAUUAUAGGCAUGUAUAAAAAAGUGACAAUUUGAAACAUGCAUAUAUAGAAAGUGCAACUUGAUAUUAUGGUUAUUGUGAUAAUUGAUUGAAUCAAAAAAUGAUCACUGCAAAGCUAUUCACACUGGGACGUGCCAUCAUCACCCACCUUCACUCUUAGACUGGGGAGCUCGUUUCAGUCCUGGCAGGAGACCAACGCGUGA